CCCAAGGUCUAGACCUGAUUUUUUUUUAUCCUGGGCGUUGGCAAGGGGGAAAAGUCGUGUAUCCAGCUUUUGUGACUCAACAGAGUGCAGUGCUUCAACAGAGUAAUUAAUUCCAUUAGGUGCCCAACCUACAAGAUGCGGUUCUUGCGACACACCAAGCUGUUAUCUACCUUAGACCACAGUUGACUAACCAUUGGAGACCGCCUGCAGGUAAACUCACCUUGCGACGAUUCAGUGGUAGGGGGAGGGGGAUCAGACCGAAACGGAGUAGUAGUGGUAGGGAGGAUGCACGUUACACACAAGCCCCAACGAUGUUUGAAACAAGCCAUUGAAACGAACAACCCUGCUAAAGAAUCCCCGGCCCGGUCCACCAUCGUCAAAACUUUUGGUCAAGUCUUUUUCCGAAGGGUCUAGGCUUUACGUCCGAUUGUUUGGUUUAAAAUCAAUUCAUUAGCAAACCAAGUCUGAGGUACCUCCCUCCCGUCUUCAUUCACUAGGUACGGUACGGUACGGUACGGUACUUUCAGAUCACAGUAGUCACCAAAAAGACGUCUCCAUCGUAGUGAAUACACUCUCCCGAGAUAAAUAAUCACAACACCAGAUCAAUCCCAAAUUCAACAUCAGACUGACUGACUGUCUCAUGGAAAGCUCUAAUGAUCGGACGGUGACAUAGCUGCAUCUUUUAAUCGAAAAUACAUGCAAUGUCAUUUUCAUAUGCUGCCACAGGAUCCCAAGAAAAAUCACAAUGCCUGCACUCGAAAGAACCAACUCAUGUACAGACAUUGAUUUCACGCUUAGGCGACAGUUCAAAAAAUCACACUUUAGAAAACAUCAGAAGGAAAUAAUAUUGGCUGCCCUUGACAGACACGAUGUGUAUGUACAAGCGGCCACAUCCUUCGGGAAGAGUUUGUGCUUCCAGCUUCCUGCUGUGAUUGACCAAGGCAUCACGAUCGUCGUCUCACCACUUCUCAGCCUCAUGAUGAACCAAGUCAAGGCCCUUCGUGAUUCUGGUGUGGACGCGCGGACUCUCAACAGCAACACACCGCAAGAUGAGAAGGAGCACAUCUACCUGGAUCUUGCCUCGGGUCAUCCUCGGACACGGCUUUUAUACGUGACACCAGAGCUCUGUUCUGGAGAUUUCUUCCGUAAGCGGCUUCAACUGGUUCACGAGCAAAAGGAGUUGGCACGUAUCGUUGUUGAUGAGGCCCAUUGCAUUUCGGAAUGGGGCCACGACUUUCGUAAAGACUACAAACGAUUAUCAUGGUUUCGGGAGGCUUUUCCAGAUGUCCCUGUUAUGUGCCUCACUGCAACGGCCAACGAGCAAGUCCGCAGGGAUGUUCUCGCCACGCUUGGUCUCGUCAAGGCUGGCAAUCCAAGCCCAGCUAGGUUGAAGCAAUUCACAACGACAGCUCACAGACCCAACCUCCACCUCGAGGUACGGUUUACCAGCGAUGAGGCAAAUGACAGGUACUCGGACUUUGUGCAGUGGCUUCAAGACGUCUACGAGCGCAGGCGGGGAGAUGAGCGCAGGACGGAGCUUGAGGGCAGCAACGAACGCGUCGAGGCCGUUUCGGGAAUCAUCUACACCAUCAGUCGAAGUGAGUGCGAGUCCCUCGCGGCCUCGCUGAGGGAGGAUGGGAUUGGUGCCCGGCCAUUCCAUGCCAAGCUUUCCAAACAAACCAAAGAGAGCACAUUGGCCAAGUGGAUUACAAAUGAUCCCGGCUACGAUGUCAUCGUGGCGACUACUGCCUUCGGCAUGGGCAUCGACAAGGACAACGUCCGAUUCGUCGUCCAUUGGCGCUUGCCAAAGUCCUUCGAAGGCUACUACCAGGAGGCAGGACGUGCAGGACGGGACGGCAGAGCAUCUUACUGUUUUCUCUACUACAGUCGAGAGGACCGGGAUCGAACGUACAGCAUGGUCACCCGGGAUACCCAUCAAAAUAGAAGCGGUGACAUUGGGGGUAAUGGAGGUGCCCGCCUCGAGAGCCUCAACAGAUUGGUUGCUUAUUGCGAGGAUACCAGCGGUUGCCGGCAUGCGGCAUUAUGUCGAUAUUUUGGUGAAACAAUCGAACCGUCAUGCGACUUUGCCUGUGAUUGGCAUAGGGACCCGCAAAUACUGAAGGACAGAAAGAGACGGGGACUCGCGACUGAGGAGUACGUAAGUACUCAACGCCAGGAGGGGAGAUACGAUGACUAUGGCGAUGAUUAUGAUUAGAUGUUUAGAGAACGUUACACCCAGAAAACAAAUUAUACCCACCUGUUUCCACCACAAGUUCAGACACGUAUUGCUAUCUACGCCCGAUCAGGCCUGUCAGUUUCUCUUCUAUUCCCUCUUGCGCCAGUAUAUGCCUCGUUUGCUGCCAGCUCGCCCAUGCUGCUCCUUGAAUUACGCAGUCUGUGAGAUCGUCAAGCUUUUUGAAGUGUUUUUCACCAUUGCCCUCGGUCGCUUUUGAUUUGCCUCCCCGAGUCCCCUUUACUGGCUUCCAGUGCUCAAGGAAAGAGUCGG